UCGCCAGUUUUGAACAAGAUGAGAGACAAAACGAUUCCAUUUGACGGCCGCCAGGAAUUCGAGGACCAUCUGCUUUGGCCACCUUCUUCUCGUUUGUGUCAUGUUUGGGCUCAUGACUUUUGACCAAAUCCGCGCCAGAGAACGUUUGGAAUGUCGUUGCGCAAAUUCCACGACAAUUCAACGACGGCUUCGUAUCAAGGGAUCCUACUUUGAACACGCCAAGGCUUAAGCUUUUUCAAAGCUUCGUUCGGGGGGGUUUCGGCUUUUGUCCAUGGAGCCGGUGUGGGUUUGGUGCUGCUAUGGAAUCUCUGCAAUCAUCUUCAGCUUCUCUUAUGCAGUUGCUGUCUUCUUCUUGGCUAUUGUCGGAAGUACGUUGGGAGCACUCGUGGGAGUUCUGCUCAGCGUGAAAAGCCAGAGCGGCCUCUUCUCUAGGGUGGCGGUAGGAGCUAUAGCAGGCGGCGUGCUCUUGAUUAAUGCCUUCAAAACGUCCAUUUCUUUCUGGCUCUCUGAUGAUGGUUCGUUCAGCGACGUUCUUCAGUGGACCGAUUCGAUGACAGAACUUGAUGCUGGAAAUAUAGUUCAACAGUUCUUUUAUUAUCUCACCCUCUCAAGAUUAGAGCAGACUCUAGCACACCCCAACAAUAUGAUCAACGAAAUCAGGGUAGACCGCACCAAAGUAUCAAAGAAUUCAUUCGACAGGAUUGGUAGGAUCAGAAUAACAAAGGAACACCUGAUGGAUUCUUCAGGAAAUAGAAACUCCUGCUCGAUAUGCCUUCAGGAUUUUGAAUGCGAAGACGUGGCGAGGAGACUGCCUAACUGUCGCCACUUGUUUCACGUAAGUUGCAUCAAAAAGUGGACUUCCAAGCAAAGGUCUUGCCCUUUAUGCAGAAGUCCCAUAGUUCAAGUGAAAUGAUCUGGUUAUGCAUUCUUUCAUUCAAUUAGUUUAAAUAGGUCGCCCAUUCUUUCAUUUCUUGGCCUUAUUGUGUCAUUGCAAAACUCUGGUCGAUAUGCUAUAAGAGAGCUUUUACAUUCAAAAUGCAAAACCUGUACACAUAUCCCUACAGAAGGGUCAUGAAUUGUACUUAGACACAGCUCCCUUUAUAUGUACCGGUUGUUAGGACAAGCUAAUAUAUCUAUACUUGUCAAAGAUAUUCAAAGACUCAGCUCUAGAACUGACG